AUGUUACCAACAAAGCUCAGGGCGUUAAACGAUUGUUCCACCGAUGAAAGUAGCAACAACGAUGAUGUGCCGGUUAAAAUUACUAAAGAAGCGUUGGAAGCGAAAGCAGAACUACAAUAUAGCCAAGCAUUACAGUGUUUAGCAAGAGAUCAAUUAGAUGAAGCAGAGAAACAACUAUCAAAUUUAUUGGAAAAAGAAAUUAUUAAAUCUCUAAAUACCACAUUGAACCAAAAAGAUAAAUCUCAAUCUUUAUUAGCUCAUUUAAAAUAUUGCUGUCUUACUAAUUUAGGAAAUAUUUUGUUGAAAAAAUCCAACUACCAUGAAGCCUUAAUUCACUAUCAAGAGGCUUUAAAAAUGGACAAUACUGACUUGAAUCUAUGGUACCGAAUAGGACUUACUCAUAGCAAAUUAUAUCAAACUGAUCAAGCAAUAUCAGCAUUUUUAGAGGGUAUUAAAUGUAAUCCUAAUCAUUGGCCUACUUUGGAUAAAUUGAUUACUUUAUUAUAUGCAAGCAACGAAUAUGUGUGUUGUUUAUAUCAUAUAAGCAUAUCACUUAAUUUAGAUUCUGGAUACUUAAAAGGACAUUUUAUCAAAGAAAUUAUAUUCAAAAAAUUUCCAUCAUUAAUAUCAUAUUUUAAAAGUUAUUGCUCAGACGGUGGUUUAGAUAUUACGUGUGAUGAAAUAAUAGAUACCAAUAUACAGCAAAAGAUAUUAGAUGAAAUUGAAGAUAUCAAGAAAAAUGAUCCUACUUUAUGUUCAGGAAAAUCGUCCAAAAAUAUGGAAUGCAAUCCAAAAUUGUUUGCCAGGCCUUUAGUGUUUAAGAGUUGGGAUCAACUCGGAAAAUGGUUAUUAACAAUUUAUGAUCAUAUGUUUGAAAGCUAUGAACAUUCGUUUCUUUACGAACCUAUACAAUUCAAUCACGAAUCGUUAACUCUAAACACAACAGAAAGCCAAAUUAUGGUAGAUGAAAAAUGUAUUGAAAACGAUUUUGAAAAGCUCUCAUUUAAAAUUGAUGUUCCUGCAACCAAACGAAGAAAAAGUUCACCUUCACUUGCAGAUCAACUAAAAUUAAGUCGGAGAUCAGCUCGAAAUAAAGCAAAUUCAAAAGUUAAUGAGUCAACACUGGUCAAAUCAAUAUGGAAUACUAUGCCCCAACAUUUAUUGCUUGGCAAAGAUGGCAGUAAUAAAUGUAAUCCAAUUAAAUGGUCGGACGAUUCUAUGGAUACAAUGGAUUUGUAUAGGUUAUUUGAAUUCUCAGAUAUAUUGAGUGAUGGUCUUAUUGAAAAUUUACUGAAAAAUAAUAUUUCUGAAGAUGAACGCCUUAAACAAAUACAUGAUGAAAAUUAUUUUGGGUCUGACCAUGAAGCAAAUGAUUUGAAUAAUUUUAUUGAACUUAAUAACAAAAAGUCAAUUUCUGAUUUACUAGAAAUUUAUUUAAUUAUUAUUGCAAACAAAUGGACAAAUACCUGGCCUACCAACAUGGUUCAAGUAUAUAUAGAUGUUUUCAAAAGAGUAUGGAUUCAUACAGAAAAACAACAUAUUACUUACAUUUCUGACUCAAAUUUUGAUUCCUUAAACGAUGAACAAAUUAAACAAGUGAAAGAUGAAAUUUUAUCUAUUCUUACUUAUGGAGAACUAUUAUGUGAUCUUUAUUUUCAAUUAAAAAUUAGCCAUAAGCCAUUAGAAGGAAGUAUUAUUGGAGGAGACUUUUGUUCUCUGUGGAUCGGAAGUAUAAAUGAUGCACUCUCAAUAUUAGAUUUGAAAGAUAAUCAUAUGGUGAUAAAUGUUCGAUUUCUAUGGUUAAGAGCAUUAUUUAACUUGCAAGAUAAAGAAACCAGGCUUACAUGUGAUGUACUUGAUAUGUUACUGAAUUUCAUCUGCGGUCUGGAUGACUAUGAAAUUGUCUUACCUAAUUUAGAAUAUUUUUACCGAAUAAAUUCAAAGAUAGCAGAGAAACUUAUUAUCACAUUAAAAAGGAAUAAUUUAUUAAGUACAGUAAAGAGUCUGUACGAGUCAAAAGAAUAUCUAAGUGUUGUGAAUAUUUUAAAAGAAACUUUAAAACCUCAAUCUACUUACAUGGAGAUACCAAGUUAUCAAACUAUGACACGAAUGAACCAAUACAUAUUUAUGCUAAAUUCAUUUUUAGAGUUAAAAAACUACUAUGAAUUGUUUAAAUGGUGUGAGCCGUGCUUGUAUGAAGCUAUUUUACAACAUCGUAAAAGUCUUAUAGAAGAUUGUGAUCAAAACCAAAAAACUAAUCAGGCCAAAUUUAUUAAUAAUAUAUUUUACGCUAUGUUAGAAUCAAUUAAAAUAGAGGGCUUAGAUGUUUUUGAUAAUGUGUCACAAGGAUCUAAAUCAAAACUUAUACAAUCGGUCAUUAAUCUUCUAUCAUAUCUGAUAGAAACUCCUGAUGGAAAUCCAGAAAUUGAUGCUGUAUCUCCGUGGUUGUUAAUUUAUAAUUUGGUAAAAUAUGAGGAAUCUAAAACUGAUAAUUCAUUUUCUUCUCAAACUACUAAUAUCCCACAGUCUUUAUCAUUACUCUUUCUGGGUCAUGAAUAUUUAGGAAAGAGGUCAUGGUGUUGUUUUGAAGAUGGUAUUCUCCUAUUUCUAACAUUAUCAGAAAUAGAACCUUUCAUUCAUACGGAUUUGUAUAACAUAUCAUUAGUGCAUCAAGUUGAUCAAAUAUUUUUUUGUUUGUAUACACAUUUAAUCAAACGUAAUAGACCACGCCAUGUACAGGAUCAUCAUUCCAUGGGAUUAGCACUUACAUGGCCACGAGCUAGACAAUUGAUGCAUUUUUAUCAACCCCAAGAAUUACCUAGUUACGAUGGUAUAUCAAAAACAUUUACUGUAAAUUCUGAUACAGAAGCUAUGCUUAAAAAAAUCAUAGCUCUCAUACCUGAAGAAAUAAAACCAAAUCGAUUGAUGGAUAAUUUAAUGAUGUACAUUAAAGGGGAAACAGACCAGUUGCCUAUAAAUGAUAAUCCUUUACCUAACGAUGUAAAAGAUAUUUUUUAUUUAAUGGCUGAUUUUAAUUUUAAAAACAAGACUUGGAGUAAAGCUAUUCGAUAUUAUUUACUUGAUCUUUGCAAUAACUUAGAUCGUUUUGAUUCUUGGGCUGCCAUGGCCUUAGCUAGGGGGAGUCAAAUAGAGACAAAAUUAAAUUCAUGUGAGUCAAUAAAAAAUGAAGCUGACAUAAUUAGAAGAGCUCAUAUGACUGGUCGGUGCUAUAAGCACUCUCUUAAAAUAAGUCCUGAAAAUACAACUCUUCUUAUUGAAUAUGGGACAUUUACCUAUAGUAUUCAUUCCUUUUGUUCACGUUUAUUAAAACAGGAAACCUCUAAUAUGAGCUUACAAAUGUUUGGAGAGCUUGAAGAAGAAAAAGAAAAAAUGAUCAAAAUCGCCAGAAAAUGUUUUGAAACUGCCAAUAAUGUUUGGGAAUACACUGAUUGCGAUUCCCAGGAUGAACGGUGGAUGCAUCAUUAUGUUCUCGGGAAAAUAACUGAGAAAAAUGAUGAUAACUCAACCGUAUUUAUGGAUCAUUAUUUAAAAGCUGCUCAGUAUUUAAACUCCUAUGGAGCUGAGUUUCCAGAGCAUAUUAUAUACACUACUCCUCAAUAUUAUUCAAUUGAAGUGCUCGAGAUUUAUUACAGAAUCCACGCUGGAGCGUUAAAGUUGUUAGAAAAACAUGAUAACCAAUCAUUAAAUGAAGAAUUAUAUAGUAAAAUUAAAAUAGCAUUAGAUGAAAUAUCUGAUAUGUCCCCUAUUGCUGAUAAAAAUAAGAAACCCAGUAACAUGUCCACACUUGAUGUGGUUAAUUGUAAGGAUGUAAUAAAAAAGGAUAUAAACUUAACAGUAAAACAGACUUUAAAUAAUAUCAUCAAUCAUGUGAUGACAUCUGAAAAAGAUGUUGAUAAUUCCGAAGUGAGUUAUCAACGUGAAUUUAUUACCAAAACUUCUAAUGACAAUUCAAACAUGCCGGUAAAAAAAAUGAAGUUAGAUUCAGCUAUUCAAGACACAAUCAACCUUCGAUGGACAUUAAUUCAAAGGUGCCUAGAAGCUUUAGAAGAUUGCAUCAAAAGAUUUCCUCAACAUUACAAAUCGUAUUAUCGGUUGGCCCAUUUUUAUUUCCGUUCACCAUCUCAUAAAGAUUUUAAUAAAUUCAAAGAUUUAAUUUUUGGUGAACGAGGGUUAUUUGUUGGACAAAGGCCUAAUAACUUUUUCCACGGUGUUUGGAGGAUACCAGUUAGUGAAAUAGACCGCCCUGGUUCAUUUGCUUACCACAUGAGUCGCUGUAUACAUCUAUUAUUAGAUUUUCUUAAAGAAACUGGUGACCACAAAAUGCUACUUGAUUUGGCUAUUCAGUUGAAAUACAUACCUGAUCUUGAUAAGAAAUAUUUACGUGAUAACGAACGAGAAGGUAUUUCAAAAGAAGCACUGUUCCUUAGUGUUCAAAUAUUAAGGAGAAUGAAAUCAGAAUAUGCUAAAACUAAUAACCGCUCCAAAAAUGAACUUCUUCUUAUUCAAGUUUACAAAAGUUAUAAGCGUGUGUUCAAGUGUUGGCAACAUAAAGAUAACACUUUAUCAAUGCUAUUAUUGAAUGUCUAUCAAAACAUUGUUGGAACAAAAGACGAUGUAUCUAAUGAUAUCAUAAUAAAGUAUUGUCAAAAGCUUCAAACAAAGGAAAAAGAAAUUGAGUACAAAAGCAAUAUUGCAAAUAAUGAAAAUAAUAUUACAUCGCCAGUUGCCAAUUCUAAAUCUACUAGUAUAUUGAAUUCUUCGCAAGCUUUGUCAACUCAGAUGUCACUUGAAAACCAAAAACGGCUUUAUUCCCCACAAGUCUCACAUCCGCUUCCAAUGAAUACUCAGUUAUCCAAUCAAAUAAUGUCUAUGUUUGCUCCCUAUACACAAUCCCCAUUGUUCCCAAUGUCACAAGAGACAAGUUAUAAUUACACAUUACAGCAAAAGUUGCAAGCAACGAAACAGAAACUAAAAAAAAACAAUAAUAAGCCAAAAGCGGAAUCAAAACGGUCCAAAACUGACAAAUCAGAUGUCCAUAGACUGCCAAAUGGUAAACAAAAAAAAAGUUCUAGUAUUAAAGUCAGUAUUGAAUCAAAAAUUGUGCGAAAUUCUAAGUUAUCCAACAAUAAACCUACAAAAAAGACAAAAACUAAUCAUUUGGAACUAUGUAAAACCUUGAAUAUUUCACACAAUGCACAGAAUGAAUUAAAACCAUCACACAACUUGGAUUCAAUUGUAGAAAUCAACAAACUACCUAAUAACAUAGGCCAGUCACAAAAACAAAAGCCCAACAAUUUGUCUUCAAUCAAACAGAAAGCUGUCAAACAAGCAAUGUCCUCUACACUUUUAACUGUGGACAAGUCAAAACCGACCAUAAUGAUGAAGCCAACAAACUCACGUAAUCCAAAAUCAGUAUACAUAGACCUAGAUUCUGCUGCUGAACAGGCUCGUUUAAAAUCUACAAUUCUCCAGAAUAAAAGUCCAGAAAUUAAAAAAACUGCUACUGUCUCGUUGAAUCCUGCCAUGUUUCUAUCUUCUUGCCCAGGUUUAAGUAUAACGCCGGUCGUGAACGCAAAUGAUAACCGCAAGGCAAAUGAAACAUCAUUGGCAUCACGUCAUGUUCAAAACAUCCCAACAAUCACACAAAAUUUUAAUUUUGAAAAGUUUCAGCACCUCAGUAAUAGUUUGACUAUUACAAAAUCUGAAAAAAAUGUUAAUAAAAAAUCCAAACCUGAAUUAAUCCUACUUGAUUAG